AUGGCUCAAAAGAAGAUGAAGCUACCACAAACGGCUGAAGAUGAAGAAGCUACCAUUGUUACACCUGCUCCCGCAAAGAAUGAAGGUAAUAGCAAGAACAAGAAGGAAAACAACAAUAAGAAAGAGAAUAACAACAAGAAGGAGAACAAGGAGGACAGCAAUGACGCUAAUAACGAUGACAACCAUAACGAACCCACUUCAAUUGACCACAAUACGACUACUACCACUAGCAAAAGGCUACGCAUGAACCUUUCGAAGCCCAAACUACGGUGGGUUGUACAUCCUUUAGCUAUUGUACUAUAUUCCUUCAUAUUAAACUUGACAGACAUUAUACUAUACACCAAACUCACAAAGGGGUAUCAUUUGGCCAAUUUCAUCCCCAUCUCAUGCUUGUGUUGUGAUGCAUUCAUUUUUGUUAUUGUUGUUUAUGAACAACAUCCAAACAUCAUCAAACUCAAUCGUCGUUGGUCCAAGAAUUUGUAUUGGUUUAUUGACAAGAUUUUGAAAAAGGCAGUUUGGCUUUUCCUUCUUGUUAUGUGCAUUUUAAAUGUUGUACGAUUAUCACUGGGCAAAAUAUCAAAUCCAUUGGAUCUCAAUCAAACUGUUGUUCAGAAUUUACAUUUAACUAGUAGUCAAAGAAUUGCCUAUUUGGUUAUCAGUUUGUUUAGCUUAUUAUUCAAUUGUGCAUUGUUGGGUAUUUGGUGGUCUACUAGCAUUUCAUCAGUUUACUUGCUAUUUGCAUGCAUCAAUUUUAUUCAAAUAUUGAUUAGCAUUUCCAUUAUUCAAAUCAAUAUUGACUUGAUCAAUGUUUCAUACGAUCGGUUUGCCAAAAGAAUGCACAAUUUGUUUAUUCUUAGUAGUGCAUUUGUCAUUGGUCAGAGUAUAAUGGGGGAGACAAUAACAUUGUUGGUUAAUGACAAGAAUAGAUUGAGUCCUUUAAUUGGAAGGUUGAUUUUUGCAUAUGACUUGUUGAUUUGUUUCCUUGGGUUAUUGUACAUUGCAUGUACUGCAAUUGCCAGUGUCAAGUUUGAUUACAAGCCAAUGGAAAAUCUUAAUGAAGUUCCAGUUAGUGUACCCAUUUUGUUUGGAUGUGGGUUGGGACUUAUGAUUUUGGAAUUUUUAUGCACUAGAUAUUUUAGGUUAAGGACCAUGACUACUCACUAUGAAGUUGAAGAGUAUGACUUAUGUGGAUUAACACCACACCAAAAACACGGAUGGAGUAAGUUGAUUGACUUGAAUAAAAAAUACAAUGCUGGUAUUUCGGGUGAUUACGUUAUCUCGCUUAUGGAAAACUAUGUGCAUGCUGAUUUACCAGGUAUGAAGUGUAAAGUGUUGCGUGUUUUCAACAAGAGUGAAAAGACAUUACAACAACAGGAGCAACAACAAACUCCACACUCUCAACGCCAAUCAACAUCGAAUGAAAAGCAAAAUGAAAAAAGUCACAAUAUCGGACUAUUCCAAAACAAGACUCGAGACACUGACUCGACUAAAUUAACCCACAUGACUGAUGAAAAGGGUGACAAGAGGAAAAUGUAUCGAGCAUUUGAUGAAUUAGAUCAAGACUCAUUAUUGUUCAUGAAUGCUCCCACGCUUUUUAGCAGUGAUGAUUCAAUUCACGAUUUGGAAGAGCAAUUCAAACCAUUGAGUAAAAAUCAAUUGAAAAAAUUGGCUAAAAAGAAUAAGAAGGACAAGGCAGCAUUGGAAUUACAAGCAUUGGAAAACAAUACGGAAGAAUUUUACCAAGAGUUGAUGAAUACUCAAGCACUUGUAUUGUUGACAAUUGUUGAAGAGUUUGAUUUGAGUGAACGUAUCCCUGGUUGGAUUGGUAAAAAGAUGAACAAGUGGUUCGGUAAGAAUUCAAGAUUCCCCAUCUUGUGUAUUAAGUUUGGUUUAUUGGGAUUCCAUUGGCCAUUUAAGAGAUCUACUUUUUAUUGUUCAUCCACGAAGAAGCCCAUUGCUAGAAGUGCCAGUGUACUUUAUGCCAUCUCAGAAUGGAACAAGACCAACGAAAAAUGUACUGUAUUAUUGGAUCCUAUCUAUAAGGAUGCUACAUUCGAAGCUGGUGUUGAUUAUUCUGGUUGGGUUAAAAUUAAUUUACCUAGUAGUCAUAUCAUUGACUUGCGUCCAUUCCACAAUCAAACCAGUACUGAAUAUUUCAAAGCGAUUAAGUACAGAAAUCAAGAUAAUGCAUUCAAACAAGCCAAGGGACAAGUUAUUGAGUCAAACACUUUCAAUUUUGAAAAUUGUCAGGAAAUUAUUGUCAUGAAUAACCACAUUGCCAAUAAUCGUCAACUGAAUGGACAAUCAUCACAAUUGCUCCACCCUGACUGGGAAUUUAUUUACAAUUUGGGCAACUACUCGAACGAAAAGAAAUAUCGAUCAUUACUUUUCCUUAAAGUUGAUGAUGAAAUUAUUGCCUCGUGUGUUAUUUUCCGGUUGGGUGAAACCAUGACUUCAGAUAUACAAGGUUUAAACCAUGAAAUUAGCAAGAAAUACAAGGCAUAUUUUGUCAUGAUGCAAGAAGUUAUCAAGAUGGGAUUACGCGAAAAUGUAUCAUUUAUUGAUUUUGGCCCCACUACUGAAGAUGCUAAAGUAGCUAUUGGAUGUAGUGUUGUGCCUUUGAUGGGAUCGAUUUAUCCAAAGAGUAAAUUUAUGGGUCCUAUUAUCAAGUUUGCUGCUAGUAAAGUAGAUGUAUAG